ACCUAACUUUUUUUUUGAAUCGUUCUAGGACGUUGAUAAUUUUUUGUAUAAGUCCUGACAAAGUGAGAUAAAGAGGCUUUUAUUCAGUUUAACUAACAUCAUGGCGAUGAACAAAUAUAUGCAUCCUCGUAAUAUCUACAAGAAACCACCUAAUUUCAAACAAUUAGCAGUUGAUUACCCCGAGUUUCGUUCCUUCAUUAUACAGGAUGUAACCGGUAAAGUAAGCAUCGACUUUAAGGAUGCUAAAACUUUGCGGGCCCUUACUUGUACCUUAAUGAAGAAGGAUUUCGGGUUAGAUGUCGACAUACCGCUAACUCGCAUGAUUCCGACAGUCCCAUUGCGUUUGAAUUACAUUUUGUGGUUGGAAGACUUACUUAACAUUUCGCCAACCUCGGAUGAUAUUAAGGGUGUUGAUAUUGGUACGGGUGCUUCAUGCAUUUAUCCACUACUUGGCGCCAAGAGUAAGGGGUGGCAUAUGAUCGGAACUGACGUUGACGCUGAAAGUUUGGAGUGGGCCCAACGUAAUGUGGACCGUAAUUCUCUUGGGAGCUUAAUAAAACUAAAGAAGGUUACAGAUGGGGUCAUUUUAAAAGAAGCGAUUGAAGGUGAAUUUGAUUUUUGCAUGUGUAAUCCCCCUUUCUUUGCUUCGGCACCCGAACUGAAUCCUCAACAUAAGGCACGAAGAAUUGAUAGACCGCGACCCCGUAACGCUUUUUGCGCCAGCACAAAUGAGGUUAUUGCAGAUGGUGGGGAAGUCAAUUUUAUUCAGAAAAUGAUCAAAGAAAGCAAGGAGCUCGGUAAAUCCAUCAGGAUCUACUCUACAAUGGUGGGACACAAAUACAAUUUACCGCAGUUAAAAAAGUUGCUUAGAGAAGUCGACGUGAUCAGCUUCAAGCAGACGGACUUCUACCAGGGUAAGACGACUAGGUGGGGUUUGGCGUGGACGUUUCACGAUAUUGAUUUACGAACAUUACCUGAGGCAACGGUGGCAUGUGCGAAAAAACUUAAAUCCAAAGUACCAUUACACCACAAAUUUGUAUCACAACAUGUCCCGGAAGUGGCAAAAAUGCUCACCGAUAUCUUUGAGAAGCUUCAAUGUCAUGUUGAGGUAGUGAAACAACAGAAGACAAUGGUGCAUUAUCACAUCACCGCCUCCUCUAACACCUGGUCCCACCAACGACGUAAAAGGCGCGAGGAAGAACGACUGAAGACCUUGUUAGGCGACAACAACAAUUGCCCAGCUAGCACCAGUGAAGAAAUCAAGUCCACGUCCGAACUGAUUGCAAAUAUGAAUGUUAGCUCGCCUAAAGGUCCGUCCAAACGUGAGCUCGAGGAGGAGGGUUAUUAUAAUAUUAAGAGAAUAAAGAUGGAUUCAGGGGACAUUUAUGAAGAGUGCUUCUUGAAAUGUUCAGUUAUUGUUAAAAAAGAUUCAUCGGAUGUUGCUGUUGAUUUUGUAUUCAUUGAAGGUUUGGCUGGACGUGAAGGCGUUCAUCAAAUUUUUCAAUAUGUUAAAAACAAUAUUAAAGCAUAAUAUAGUAAAAAACAUGUUUGAAUUACCAAUCAU